AAGAAGUAUAUAGCUAACUGCAUCACAUAUUCAUGUAUCAUGUCAUCCAAAUUAAAAAAAUAAAUAUACUAUAAUUAAAUUACUUACAUUAAACAAAUUGGAAGUCAAUUUAUGGAUAGAUAAAAUAGCAGAAGAUGAAGUGCUUAUGGAAAUUAUGAUAGAUGAAUUAGGAAUGGAAGAAUAAUUCUCAAAGAGGUUGUACAAGUUGUUAAUUUUUUUCACUUUAAGUUUAGAAAUAAGUGGAUCAACUUUUGAGUAACAAAAUUCCAAAGUAAUAGUAUUGGUCUCAGCUUCCGAGUUCGAACGCCUCCACCGCGAAUCUGCGGACUCCAUGGCAGAUUGGUCUCAGCUUCCGAAGGAUCUUCUACAACUGAUCUCAGAAAAACUCAACAGUGAACUAUAUUCCACUCGAUUUCGAUCUGUUUGUUCAUCCUGGCGCUCUUCUUCAAUCCCUAGCUACCAUCACCACCAUUUAUCUUUGAAGCUUCCACAGUUCUCCGACGACAAUAACUUCUCCACACGCCACCUCUCCAAACACAGCAUCUUUCUCAUCAAACCACCGCAACACCAACAAACUCUCCACCGUCCCUGGUUGAUCAGAGUCGGUCCAGAUUUAAACGGCAAAAUCCAACUCUGGCAUCCUUUCUCACUUUUUCCGCGUGUACCUUUCAAUUUCCCUCAUCAUGUCUUCGAUUUCAACCAAAUCUCGGUACACGAUCUCGGUCACAUGUUCUUUCUUUGUCAUAAGGCUUUUGUUGCCACGUACCAAGGGAAUCAGCCUGUUGUUGUGGUCGCAUUCGACUCCUUAGGGGGAAUGUCAGUGUUUCGUUGUGGGGACGAUAAAUGGACGAAGAUCGUCGGCAUGGCAACGUGCUUCUACGGGGACAUAUGUCUUUUUAGAGGGAGGCCUUGUGAGGCAAUCUAUUCAGGUAAAACUGAGAUGAUCGAACAGGACUUGAGCGUUCAUUUGAUGGCUGAACAUGUGGAUACAGAGAAUAUUGGUAACAAAUUCUUGUUUGAGAGUGAGUGUGAGUUGUUGCUAGUUGAUUGCUAUGGUGGUGAUGAUGUAUUGAUUGAUGUGUUCAGACUUGAUGAGAAGGAGAAGAAGUGGGUGAAUUUGACAAAUAUAGGGGAUAGAGUUUUGUUCUUGGGGAAUGGAUGUUCAUUUUCUGCUUCUGCUAAGGAUUUGUGUGUGGCCAAUGGGAAUUGCAUCAUCUACACUGAUGAUGCCUUCCAUGAUCUUAAUGACACUGAGUGUGGGCUGAGUGUUUUUCACUUGGAUCAAGGUCGUGUUUCUCCUUUGUCUGAUUAUCCAGAAUAUUUCAAGUUGUUAGGGCCACCUCCGGAGUGGAUCACAGAGUUGCAUUCAUAGCAGAAUUAUAUGAUCUUUAGCAACAAACUCCUAAAUCCAAAUAUUUCAGAGAAAUUUAAGCUUGAGAUAAAAGGGUAAGAAUUGUCUCAAAAAUGUGCCUUCGUUUCCUUUCUGCUACGCCACUUUGAUGAUGGGUAUGGGGACAAGCUAGAUGAUGAAAAAAUACCUAAGUUGAUGAGGUAUGUCGAGAAAGGAAGAAAUUACAACUACUGUUUUAUUGCUGCUUGUAAGCUUAGCUCAGGUUCUUACCUCUACUGUUCAUGGUUUUAAUAGAGAUUUUUUAUAUUUGUUUUGGUAGUGAUGAUGUAUAUAUUGUUGUUUUAUGUUUUACUUUCUCAUCAUAAACUCAUUUGAAGUUCGAAGUGCUAGCUAAUUUAUUGUUUUAA